CUGGGAGUGGAAGAGAGGGAGGGGCGCUGACUGGGCAGUUCCAAAGAGGAGGGGGCCUUUUAAUAGGCUCGCCCAGUGCCUGGUUUGCAGCGCGGCGUUGGCGAGCAGCUGUGGUUUGGAGACGGGGCUCGGCGCUUCGCUCUGGCUAUGCGCUGCAGCUCCGCGUCCUUGCACUUGACAGCGCUCGCGCUCCAGCUCAGAGCGUUGCUGGGGAGGCGCAGGUAGGAAGCGCGGCCGCUCGCACCCCGCUCCGGGUCCCGGGAGGAGUCGCUCUGUCUCGGCGCCUUCCAGAAAGCUGCGGGGCCGGGUUCCCUGUGCGGAGCCCGGGAACUGGACGAGCCCUUCCCGGAGCGCGGCUGUGCGGUGCGCGGCGCCAUGCUGCUGCUGCCGGGCAUCUUCGCCCUGGCCCUCGCCGGGGCGCCCGCCCGCGCCUCCCAGCCCGAUCGCGAGGUGGUGGUGCCCGUCCGGCUGGACCCGGACAUCAACGGUCGCCACUACUACCCGCGGGGUCCAGAUGAGUCUGGGGAGCAGGGGCUCAUUUUCCAGAUCACGGCAUUCCGGGAGGACUUCUACCUCCACUUGACUCCGGACGCGCAGUUCCUGGCGCCCGCCUUCGCCACGGAGCACCUGGGCGCCCCCUUACAGGGGCUCCUCCCGAGCUCCCCGGACUUGCGGCGCUGCUUCUACUCGGGGGAUGUGAACGCCGAGCCGGACUCGUUCGCGGCGCUGAGCCUGUGCGGGGGGCUUCGGGGGGCCUUCGGGUACCGAGGCGCUGAGUAUAUCAUUAGCCCGCUGCCCAACGCCAGCGCGCCGGGGGCGCAGCGCAAUGGCCUUGGCGCGCACCUCCUGCAACGCAGGGGCGCCCCCAGCGGGCCGACCGGGGACCCCACCUCCCGCUGCGGGGUGGCCUCGGGUUGGAACCCCGCCAUUCUGCGCGCCCUGGACCCUUACAAGCCUGGGCGGCCCGGCUCGGGGGAGAGUCGUAGCUGGCGCAGGUCCGGCCGUGCCAAGCGUUUCGUGUCCAUCCCGCGCUACGUGGAGACGCUGGUGGUGGCGGACGAGUCUAUGGUCAAGUUCCACGGCGCGGACUUGGAGCACUACCUCCUGACGCUGCUGGCCACAGCGGCGCGGCUCUACCGCCACCCCAGCAUUCUCAACCCCAUCAGCAUCGUCGUGGUCAAGGUGCUGCUUCUUGGGGACCGCGACUCAGGUCCCAAGGUCACGGGCAACGCAGCCCUGACGCUGCGCAACUUCUGCGCCUGGCAGAAGAAGCUGAACAAAGUCAGCGACAAGCACCCCGAGUACUGGGACACCGCCAUUCUCUUCACCCGGCAGGACCUGUGUGGGGCCACCACGUGUGACACGCUGGGCAUGGCUGACGUGGGCACCAUGUGUGACCCCAAGAGAAGCUGUUCCGUAAUUGAGGAUGAUGGGCUUCCAUCAGCCUUCACCACUGCCCAUGAACUGGGCCACGUGUUCAAUAUGCCUCAUGACAAUGUGAAAGUGUGUGAGGAGGUGUUUGGGAAACUCCGAGCCAACCACAUGAUGUCCCCGACACUCAUUCAGAUCGAUCGUGCCAAUCCCUGGUCAGCCUGCAGCGCGGCCAUCAUCACUGACUUCCUGGACAGUGGGCAUGGUGACUGUCUCCUGGACCAGCCCAGCAAGCCCAUCUCCCUGCCCGAGGACCUGCCAGGUGCCAGCUACUCCCUGAGCCAGCAGUGUGAGCUGGCCUUCGGCGUGGGCUCCAAGCCUUGCCCCUACAUGCAGUACUGCACCAAGCUCUGGUGCACCGGCAAGGCCAAGGGGCAGAUGGUGUGCCAGACCCGCCACUUCCCCUGGGCGGAUGGUACCAGCUGCAGUGAUGGCAAGUUCUGUCUCAAGGGGGCUUGUGUGGAGAGACAUGACCUCUCGAAGUACAGGGUGGAUGGCUCCUGGGCCAAAUGGGAGCCCUACGGCCCCUGCUCUCGCACCUGCGGUGGAGGCGUUCAACUGGCCCGCAGGCAAUGUACCAACCCUGCCCCAGCCAACGGAGGCAGGUACUGCGAGGGUGUGAGAGUGAAAUACCGAUCUUGCAACCUGGAGCCCUGCCCAAGCUCAGCUUCUGGCAAGAGCUUCCGGGAGGAGCAGUGUGAGGCUUACAAUGGAUACAACCACAGCACCAAUCGGCUGACCCUGGCUGUGGCAUGGGUCCCCAAGUACUCGGGUGUGUCUCCCCGGGACAAGUGCAAGCUCAUCUGCAGAGCCAAUGGCACUGGCUACUUCUAUGUGCUGGCACCCAAGGUGGUGGACGGUACGCUGUGCACACCAGACUCCACCUCGGUCUGUGUGCAAGGCAGGUGCAUCAAGGCUGGCUGUGAUGGGAAUCUGGGCUCCAAGAAGAAGUUCGACAAGUGUGGGGUGUGUGGGGGAGACAAUAAGAGUUGCAAGAAGGUGACAGGACUCUUCACCAAGCCCAUGCAUGGGUACAAUUUCGUGGUGGCCAUCCCAGCGGGUGCCUCCAGCAUUGACAUCCGCCAGCGCGGCUACAAGGGGCUGAUCGGAGAUGACAACUACCUGGCCCUGAAGAACAGCCAAGGCAAGUAUCUGCUCAACGGGCACUUCGUGGUGUCGGCCGUGGAGCGCGACCUGGUGGUCAAGGGCAGCCUGUUGCGCUACAGCGGCACGGGCACCGCGGUGGAGAGCCUGCAGGCCUCCCGGCCCAUCCUGGAGCCCCUGACGGUGGAGGUCCUCUCGGUGGGCAAGAUGACUCCACCCCGUGUCCGCUACUCCUUCUAUCUGCCCAAGGAGCGCCGCGACGACAGGCCCCCCCACCCCAGGGACGCCCUGCACAACAGCCUCUCCAACCGAGUGGAGCAGCCUGACGGCAGGGCCCCUGCGCGCUGGGUGGCUGGCAGCUGGGGUCCAUGUUCCGCCAGCUGUGGCAGCGGCUUGCAGAGGCGCCCUGUGGACUGUCGGGGUUCCCCGGGCCAGCACCCCACAGCUGCCUGUGAUGCAGCCCACCGACCGGUGGAGACGCGGGCCUGUGGGGAGCCCUGCCCCACCUGGGAGCUGGGGGCCUGGUCACCCUGCUCCAAGAGCUGUGGCCGGGGCUUCAAGAGGCGCCCCCUCAAGUGUGUAGGCCGCGGGGGGCGGCUGCUGGCCCGGGACCAGUGCAACCUGCGUCGCAAACCCCAGGAGCUGGACUUUUGCCUUCUCCGGCCGUGCUGAGUGGGGGCAGCCCCCACUGUCUCCUCCUCACUUGCUGCCCUGUCGGUGCCACCCUUCUGGCUGGAGCCACGGCUGAGGGCAGUGCCACCAUGUCUCCCACAUCCAGGGACAAGGACCUCCUGGCCUGGGUGGAGGACAUUAAGGGACUAACGCACGGUCUACCUCACACCCGGCUCCUCAGCCAGGUCUUGAGGAGAGGCUGGACGGUGCAGUGCUG